AUGCAGUGCGGUGUCACGAGCGUCUGUCUCCAUGUACUCUGUUGGAAGGAAGACAGAGUUCGUCCGGAUUGUUUCGACCCUUCACGAAGUACAUGGCCUCACGCUGCCAUGGGUCAGGAUUUUGAUCUUGGUCUGCCGACGUCAGAGCCUCCUCCGUAUGUAUACUCACACGCCUACAAACAUCGCCCAAGUCGACGCCUUGGGCGAUGGCAGGUAACAGCAUUGUUUUUGAGCAGUGCUCUGGGUAUCGCCGUACUUACACGGAUCCGGUGGACGAAUUCCUCAGUAUUGAGUAUCGGACACCAAACAGUACUCGAAGAUGGCCUCAGUAGAUGUGCGCAGCUCUCAGCGACGUUUGAGGCCAGACCAGACAUUCAACGAGACAAUCCACGCUGGAGUAUUUUCGCUGGACAAAAGAAGCCAGUCCUGCUCCACAACGCAACGCUGUUCGAUGGCGAAGCUUUCCUCCCAACAGGCGUAGACAUCCUGUUCGGAAAAGGCAUCGUGAGAUCCAUCACUCCAAUGAACUAUUCAGACACCGUUCCUGGAGAGAAUAUCGAAAUCCUGGACCUUCACGGACGCUAUGUCACUCCCGGUCUCGUGGACAUGCAUUCCCACCACCUAGUCUGGCCGUUCCACUCUCUGCCCGCAACACGAGACGUCAACGAAGCGCCUCGUCUCGGCCCACUGACGCCCUUCGUGCGUUCUUUCGACGGCUUCAAGCCCUACGACCCAGCGAUCGAGAUCAUCGCAAGCGGAGGCGUGACUUCGUCCCUCAUCCUGCCAGCAUCUGCGAACAUCAUGGGCGGGGAAGCAUAUGUCGUUAAGAACGCUUUCGUCAAUGGCAAACGUGGCGAGCCAGUAGUCGAGGAGCUACUGAUAGACUAUGGAGUUCCUCGGGAACAGCGACAGCGUUACGCAAAGAUGGCGUGUGGCGAGAACCCCAAGCAUACAUACCUUCAUACCAGGCUGGGAAACACUUGGCUGCUGAGAGAGCACUUCAGUAAGGCGCAAGAUCUGAUUCAUAGACAGAAUCAGUGGUGUCAGGCUGCUUCUGCGAUCGCCAAGGACUCGUGGCUCGCGAGUGGAGGUGAUGGGCGUGAGCCUGGGAGCUUACCUGAAGACAUCAAGUACGAGUCAACAAUCGCGAUCUUGCGAGGUCAGGUCAAUGUCAACAUACAUUGCUAUGAGCCAGAGGACAUUGAACGUAUGCUGGCAGUGCUUCACGAGUUUGGCGUACAUCCUCGUGCCUUUCAUCAUGCGCUUGAAGCCUGGCAGGUGCCGGAAUUCCUGAAGCAGCAGGAAAGGAACAUAACGAUAGCCACAUUUGCAGAGAACGCUUUCUUCAAGGCUGAGGCCUACAAUGCCAACCUCCGAGCAGGCAAGAUUCUGGCCGACCAUGACGUUCCAGUGGCGUUCAAAUCAGACCAUACCGGAGAAGGCAAUAACAUACAGUACCUUUUGCACCAAGCUGCUGUGGCGCAUUCCUUCGGUAUGCCUGCAGUUAAGGCGCUCCAAGCUGUGACUUCAGUCCCGGCUCGAUCGAUACAGCAGAGUCACCGCAUUGGUGGCGUAAAGCCUGGCUAUGAUGCAGAUAUUGCUGUGUGGGAUUCUUAUCCGCUGAGCAUUGGCGCUACGGCGGUCGAGGUUUUCAUCGAUGGCAGAGCGACUAUCGGCAUAUCUCAGAAGGACUUGGAGGUAACGGAGUUGAACCGCGAUCACCAUCGUGAGCCUCGACCAAGACCCACAGUCCUUGAGCCAGAGAAACAUCGCUUCUGUACUGCGGUAAAGAAGCCGGCUACCAAACUUGUCAUAACCGGUAUCGCUCAAGUAGAUCUCGAGACGUACAUCUCCCCACUCAAUGGGCACAACCUGACGCUAGUCAUAGACGGCGGCAAGAUCACUUGUCUGGGCAGCGCAUGGCUGUGCAGUGAGGCAGCUACCGAUGGGUACGUCGUAGAGCUCCAAUAUGGCCACAUCACACCUGGCUUGAUCGCCGUCAGCCAGACGCUCGGUGUCGUCGAGAUCACUGGCGAGCCCACCACAAGCGACGGAGUCGUCGAUCCCAAAGCUGAUCUCGCGAACGAAGACACCAUAAUAUACGCAAAGUAUGGCGUCCAUCUGGAAGGACGCGGAUUCGAGAGAGCCAGACUUGGUGGCGUGACUAAAGCCGUAGCUGCUCCUGGACUACGUGGAGGUCUACUGCAGGGUAUCAGUGUGGGCUUCAGCACCAGCGGCAAAAAGUCUGUCUUGGAUGGUGGGAUCUUCCAGGACGAUGUGGCACUUCACUUUGAGCUUAGCCAGGCAUCGAAAGCAGCAGAUCCUACGAUCUCGAAUGCUAUUGCAAGACUUCGCAGACUCCUCUCCAAUGCUCCGAUUGGGGAGAUUCCAGUUGUCGUCCACGUGGUCAACACCGACUUGAUCCGGCAGCUCAUAUGGCUCAAGAGAGAUCUCCCAGGCGUCAACCUUGUCAUUUUCGGCGGACAUGGCGCCGCUCUGGUGGCACCGGAACUCGCUUCUGCCAACAUCUCCGUGAUCUUGACGGGGCAUAGAGGUGUGCCGGAUACCUGGGAGAAGCGGGACGCUCUCAGUGGUCCUCCUCUGACUGAAAGUCCAGCAAAGAUUCUUGCCGAUGCCGGUGUAUCUUUCGCUCUUGCCAUCCAAGGCGAUUCGCAUGUCCACAAUCUCGCGAGUGAAGCUGGAUGGGCCGCGAAGCAUGCCGGGUUAAACAGGACGGAAGCUUUGCGAUUGGUAUCCGGCAAUGUUGAGUCCAUACUUAGCUUGAAAAGGACGAACGACUUUGUGGUGUGGAUGGCGAUCCGCUGCGAGGCGAAAGCAGUGUUGUGUUAA